AUGGAGAUCACCCCAAGGGCUUUCAAUGCUUCUGGAUCCAUUGGUGGUGUUCCCAAUGCCUUAGUCUGUCCAAAAAUUGGAGAAUUUGGAAUUCCAUGUUCCACAGAGUCAACAGCCAAGUUCCACUCCAAAAUUGAAUCAAUUGUCGCUUGCCCAAAUGACCCUGAUGCUUUUCGCUUGCUUGGUGAAGCUAAAUAUGCGCUCAAAGAUUAUGGAGGAAGUAUUGUUGCAUACAAAAGUUCUACAAUGGUAUCGAAGACUAUUGAAUUUGAAGUCUUCUGUGGCCUCGCAAACUCAUUGCUGGCUGCAAAAAAGCCUGAUGAGUUGUUGACACCCAAGUUCAAUGCAGAGAAGCAAGCGGAGUUCAACAAAGGUGUUGAAGGGGCGACUAAAUUUCUGCUCUCAAAGUUCAGUGACCUCUAA